ACACAUGGUGUUGCCAGAGAUUCUAAAGCCAACAGCUGUGUUGUCGCAGUAAAUUAAGCGCGAAUUUGUUACGAAUUUUAAAGAAUUGCCAUUUACGCCGGCCAGCCACACUGAAUUGCAUUUAGUGUACUGCACUGCACUGUACUGUGUGCAAAAUGUCCGAAGAUCCUGACUAUCUAUUUGCACUUCAGCUGCAGGAGCAACUCAAUCGAGACAUAGCUAGCAGCAAGGACGCAGACCGUGCAAAGAUUGAGGGGAAGUCAGGCCAAGACGACAUUGAUUACCAGUUGGCUAUGAAGCUGCAGGCCGAAAUAAAUGGAGCGGAUGCAGACGUCAGCGGCGAUGAGAGCUUUGACAAUGACGGCGCCAGUGUCUAUGCUCUCGACAUGAGCAGCAGCAAGAACAACAACAACAGCAACAACAAUAAAAAUCUAGCCAAGAAGCCCCCACCAAGUCGCAAGAAAAGUAUGGAUUUAAUGAAGGCGCCCAUGUCUCCGCCAGUCGGCUAUAAUAACUAUUUGGAUCAGACGCAGAAUCUGGUGCAUCCGGAAUGGGAGCUAGUUGAUCCAACGCCCGAUAUAUUUGCCAUGUUUGUCCGCUUUGACCAGAAGUUCUUUCAGAAGCGUCUGGGCGCCGUUGUCGUUGAGUGGAGCAAGCGCAUGUAUUCCUGUGCUGGCAUUUGCUAUCAGCGUGGUAAUCGAUUCGUUAAAGAGGUAAUCAUACGACUCAGCGAGCCGCUGCUAAAGUUGCGACCACGCAAGGACUUGGUCGAGACACUGCUGCACGAAAUGAUUCAUGCCUAUUGCUUUGUGCUGAAUAUACGCGAAGGUAAUGGCGGACAUGGACCGAACUUCAAGCGAAUCAUGGGCACCAUUAAUAAAGUCGCUGGUACCAAUAUAACUGUCUAUCAUAGCUUUCACGAUGAGGUGGACGCCUAUAAGACGCACAUCUGGCGCUGCAACGGCGUCUGCCAAUAUCACAAUCCCUUUCAGGGCUGGGUUAAGCGCACCGCGAACCGGCCGCCUGGUCCCAGCGAUCAAUGGUGGGCCAAGCAUCAGCGCGAUUGCGGCGGCACCUUCGAAAAGGUCAGCGAGCCAGCCAAACCCGCUGGCAAACCAAUGCCAAAGCCCAAAGGCCCGAAGUAUACAACUAAAUUUAAGAAUGAGACAACCACUUCCGGUGAUGAUAUACGCAAUUAUUUUGGGAAGCCAAGACCGUCGGUGAAUCUGUUGCCGCAAGUGCAGCCAGCUCUCGGUCUGCCGGGCGCUUUCCCGCCCACCUCAUAUCCGGGCUUAUCGAGUAACCCGUUGGCUGGCCUGAAGCCAAGAAAUGGCAACAAGAACCUUGGUAAUGUCGUCGGCCUCAAAGAUCUGGUCGACCUGAGCAGCGGCGACGAGGACAGCAAGCGCGACGUCAAAAAUAAAGCACUGAUCCACCCCGCAAUGCAGGGCCAGGGCUAUAGCAUGACCAACAGCAAGGCCAACGACAGUUCCAGCUGCAGCCCUGCGCAGCAAUCAGAUAAUGUUAAUCGUAAUCAUCUUCGUGAGGUGUGGUCGAAGCGUUUUGCAAACGAUAAUCGGAAAACCACGGAACCGCAAAUCAAGCAAGAGAAUUCAAGCAAACGUCGUCGGGUUUCCGACAAUAUGGUUAGUUGGGAGUCGUACGAUAAUGAUGUUAUGGUACGCGAUAUGCUCGAGCCUGUCAUAAGCAUUUCAGACAGCGACGACGAAAUAGAGCCGGAGGUCAAGUUGCCUACACCUAACGUUCCCAAGAAGGCGCCACAAUUGUCCAGUCACGAGCGCACAAUCAACAUCAAACGCGAGGUGAUGGAGGAUGAGACGAUGUACGGUGACGAUGAAAUUUUCAUGAUUGAUGAUGAAUACGAUGACAGUGUGAACGAGCUGAGUGCAGCCGCUGAGCUGGCUGAUCAGUCCAUCAUCGACGAUCUAUUCGGCGAGGAUACGCUGCUACAGGAGUUCCAGCGCGAGAAUGAUGUAGUGCCCUGCAGUUCGCGCUACCAAUACGAUGCGGGCAAUGACAUAACCAGCUGUCCCAUUUGCUUUGAGAAAAUGAAACGCUCCGAGUUCUCUAACCACCUUGAUGGCUGCAGCAUCACCAUCAGGGUGGCGCCGCCAACCAUUAGAUCGAGCGCGCAGCUGCCCGGCGACAGCAACAGCAUCAACAAACCCAAAUGGAAGCCAAAAGCAAACAAACGCAAAGCCGCCACAUCAAAGCGUCACAUUUUAAAGAGCUCCGGCUACUCGAGUUCCGAUAUAGCUGCAUUAGAUCUCAGCUCAUCCAGUUCGUCCAGUGACUCGGCCAAGACCAGUGAAAGUGAUGCCACCCCACGUCAGGUGCGACAACGCACGCUCUUCAAGCAGACUACAGAGUGUCCCAAGUGCGGCCAGGAGCUGCUUGGACAUCAAAUGGAAGCGCAUCGCAAGAUCUGCAAGCGUUCCAAAUAGUUUAGCUAUAACUCAUCCUAUUGCUAUCAUACAAUUUAUAGUUAGGCCUUUAGAAAUUUUGGGUGCGUAUGCGCCCAUUGAAAUAACUUUGUUUUCGCCACCUUCUUUUGCCAAUCUUAAAUUAUAUU